AUGGCGGACCUGGCGCUGUCCUGUCCACCUUCCCACACCGUCUAUGUCGACUCCGACGGGGAAUUGUACGGCCAUCCUCUCGCCGGCACCGUCCAGACCUCCCACACCCUGCACUCGCUGCAGGUGGCUCUCGUCCGGACCAUUCGACUCGACGUGAUUGCAUCGAACACAUCCAAGAGGUCCAGUCGACUCAAAACGCGCCUGACCUUACGAAAACCAAAGCAUGUAUCUCACACCCCUACAUCUACUUCCGUGCAAGAAAUCGUCCGCUGCAAUCUAUCCACCACGCCAGCAUCGACCAUCCACCACGACGGCCAUCUCACUCAUGAAUUCACCUUCGCUUUGCCAUCUCCCCUCCACUGCCCGGAGACUAUUCCAUCGGGUCCCCUGGAAGUCUCCUACGAACUGAUCGCUACGGCUACCCGCAAUGGCUACACGCUCACCGACUCUCGACCCCUGCAAUUGAUCUGUCGCCGAUUCCCCGACCCCUGGGACAUUGUCACGCACGCACGCAGAUUCCCAGGAUCCAGCGUAAAAGCAGAGUUCACUCUUGCUCCUCAAGUCUCCUCGGGUCAAUGCACUCGCUACUCUGCAGACAUUCAACUAUGCAACGUCGCUUCGCCGGCAUCUCGGCCGUCGGAAUUGACAACUCUCGUCGUAUACCGCCUAGCAUGGCGUCUGGACGAGCUCAUCACAUGGGACACUAAAAGUUCGGAAUCAACAACGACGCACACUCGGACUCUGGCGCAUGGAACCAAAAAAGGCCGCUGGACGGCUCUCCAGAAACCAAAACCACUGUCAUCCGAACAGUCAAUUCACGACAUGAGAAUCGCCAUUCCACUAGAAAUCAGUGUCGGAAAAGACGUCCACCCGAUCAAUGACACCGACAUCGAUGCCCCAUCCGGCUCCCCGCCACUGACGGUCCGACACCAGGUAACGAUCGAGCUGGUGACGGGUAGAGAGACCAUGGUUUACGAAUUUCACGGUGGUUAA